AUGGAUUUGACAGUGCUACGUCAAAAAUAUGAAAAUUUAUGCAGUUCAUUAGAGCUAUUAGAAAUUAGUGAACAUCAACAAGAUUUCAUCCAACGUAUUCUUGCUGCUAUUUUACAUAUUGGCAAUUUAUUCUUCGUACUUACCAAGAGAAAUGAUAAUGUAAAUGCAACGAAUGCAGAAUCCAGAGAUGCUACUGUUGUGACCGGUGUUGAAAUAGGUAAUGAACAAGAAUUGAAAUGGUGUGCAUAUUUACUGGAAGUUGAUUUGGAAUCACUGUAUCAGUUGCUAACACAGAAACAAGUGAAAAUAAAUGAUGAAGGUGAAAUUGCAUUCGUUCCAUUAAGCAUUGAACAAGCAUUAGAUGUCAGAGAUUCACUUGCUCAAUUAUUGUAUGAGCAAUUAUUUGAUUGGAUUCUACAACGUAUUAAUGUAGCAACAAUGAAUGGAUGUAAUUUUGUUAACAAUAAUAAUACGGCAACAAUUGUACUUACUGAUUGUUACGGUUUUGAGCGUUCUGCGAGUGUAAAUGGAUUUGAACAGUUUUGUAUUAAUUUGUACAAUGAACGAUUGGAAUGGUAUUAUCAGCAAAAAGUACUGCGAGAAUUACAAUGGGAAUAUCAAAAGGAUAAUAUUUCAGGAAUUGAUAUGCAAUCUAUUCAAUGGUUUAAUAAUGAGCCAGUUAUUGAACUACUCCUUCAACGUCCUAAUGGUUUAGUUCCAGCGUUGGAUGAUGAAUCAAAAUUUCCGAAAGCAUCUGCUGCUCGUUAUUUGCAACAAUGUAUUCUCAAUCAUCAGCAAUCAUCUCGACAAUUAUUUACCUCUAAAACAACAACAACAACAACAGCAGCAGCAGCAGCGGCAACAACAACAACAACAACAACAACAACAGUUGCUUCUGUGAGCACCAUAAAAACAUCAGCGGAUAAAUAUGAAUUUGCUAUUCGUCAUUAUGCUGGUCAAAUUUGGUAUGAUUGCGCACAAUUUGUGGAAAAGAAUCGCUUACCAAUUAGAUGGGAAACAAUAAAACUACUUGCUUCUAUUGCUCAAAUGUUUCGAUGUUUAACAACAAACAAUAUUAAAUCAACACAACAACAACAGUUAUCAGAUGGAAUGAUUUAUAUUACUCAACGAUAUAAUCGAGCAGCAAAAGCACUUAUCGAUAAAAUGAAUAAAGGUGGCGUGCAAUUUGUACGUUGCAUGCGUAGUAAUCAAGAACGUGAAACAUUGAAGUUUUGUCCGCAAACGGUAGUACGGCAGCUAAGAGCUUUUUCGUUGCUUGCAACCACCAAUAAUCAUCGUUUAGGAUUUCCAUAUCGAGAAUCAUUUGAUCAAUUUGCCGCAAGAUAUCGAUGUUUGCUUCCACUCGAUGUAGCUCGAUACCAAACGGUUUAUGAAUUAUCAAAUGAUAUCCUUGAGCAACAGGGUAACAAAUUUCAUCAACAUUAUCGAUUAGGUAAAACGCAAGUAUUUAUGCGUGAACCAUUACGUGAACAUUUGGAAAGCCGUCGCGAUGCAUUACUUGAAAGUUCUGCUAUUAUAAUACAAAAAAAUAUACGUAAAUGGUUGGAAGAACGGAAAUUUGCAAAGAAACGACAUGCUGUUAUAGUGCUACAAUCAGGUUUACGAGGAUGGCGUGCAAGACGUGAAGUUGUACGUCGUCGAAAAGAAAUUCGUAAAGCUAUCGAUAUGGAAACACGCAAAAUACGUCGCUUAAAUUUGUACACCGAAACAGAGGAAGGAUGUGAAAAUAAUGCAGCAUUAAUGGCGGAAUGUAAUCAAACAAUGGAUUCAUCAUCGUUAGCUGCUGUACAAAUGUCGAAUAUACGAACUGUAUAUUAUUAUAUUCCAUACAAUAAACGUAUUAGCAAAUCAUUAGAAUUUCCAACGGAAACAAUUGAGCAAUUUGCGGAAAAUAAUUUUAAAGGUCAUUUGUUGCAAAUGCGACGUGAACCAAUUGCUACUCCAUUUUUACACAAAGAAACUGAGAUUGAAUUUAAUCAAUCGUUGGAAAUGUUUGCAAUGAUACUGCGAUAUAUGAAUAAUACACAAAUGAAUUGUGAACAAUUAGCAAUUCUUGGAAAAGCAAUCAUUCAAAUAGCAUUAGAUAAUCCAUCACAAAGGGAUGAACUUUUGGUACAGCUCUGUAAUCAAACAUAUCGUAAUGGAGUGAAAAAUAAUGCUGAUAAAGCAUGGACAUUAAUUCUUGGAGCAAUUAACAGUUUCACACCAUCAUCACACCUAUUUCCUGCUCUUAUGAAUUAUUUUGAGCAACAAACACCAAAUUUAUCACGUCAACUAAUUAAUGGCCUAUUGAGGCAAUGUUUUGGUGGUAAAUCUCGUUAUUUUGCACCAACAUUCCUGGAACAGGCUAGUUUUAAACAACAGCAAGCUGCUGUAUUACGAAUUAAAUAUUCCGAUAAACAAGAAGCAUUAUUUGAAGUACAUUCUUGGAUGACUGCCGAUGAAUUAGCACGACGAUGCUUGCAAAAUCGAGGUGUUGGUGAUCCUGAUGGUUGGACAUUAAGUGCUGAAAAUGAGCAUUCUAUUAUAUAUGCACCUGGAAAUUGUUAUGUUUAUGAUAUAUUAGCACAAAUGGAACAACAAUCAAUUGGUCAUUUGUUGAUUGAUUCAUUUAAUUAUUUAUUGACUGAUUGA